UGCAACAUUCUUUUUUUCUUUUUUGACCAAAACUUUAGUUACAUUUGUUUCUCGAGGAACUUCUUGUUUAGCGAGAAGUUCAUAGAGAAUCCUUCUUCAUUCUCUUACCUUCACUCUAAACCGAAACAUAAAAUGAACAGCUCUGAUCAUCAAGAAAGCGCAAGAAGCAAAGAAACCGGAGGUCCUAGACUCUUCUCUGACUUUGGAAAGCUUGCAUAUGACCUCCUACGCUACAAAAUUAAUCAGUCUUUUAACAUCUCGACCAGUAGUGAUAUUGGAUUGACUCUUACCCCGUAUGCUGCCAGACGCAAGAAACUAUCGAAAGCAGGUGUUACAGCAGAAUACAAUCUUGAGGAUACUCAUGCUACUAUUAAGGUGGAUGUUAAUCCGGAAUUACCGAUUUCAACAACUCUCACAAUGAGCAGAACAUGGCCAUUCAUGAAGAACACAGUUUUGGUGAAAUUUCCAGAUUACAACUCUAGAGAGUUUCAAAUUCUGCAUGAGGUUCAAUACUUCCACAAACGAGCUGCUUUAGCCAUGACACUCCCUUUGCUUCGCUCCCCUCUAAUUCAGCUUUCUGCAACAGUUGGUACUGCACACCUUGCAUUUGGUAUGGAAACAAUAUACAAUACUAGCUCUAGACAAUUUCUCAUGUUCGACGCAGGCAUUAGCAUGACAAGCCUGAAUUGUGAGGGGUCAAUUAUAUUGGAGAACAAGGGUGAUUCUCUAAGGGCAUCUUAUAUCCAUUAUUUUGAUCAUGAGAGGAAAGUCGCAGCAGUAGCAGUGAUCGGCCGGACGUUAUCAAGAAAGGAGAACGCUUUUGCAGUUGGAGCAUCAUGGAUUAUGGAUGACCUAACUACGAUUAAGGCGAGGUUUGAUAGUCAUGGGAAGCUGGUUACUGUCCUCCAUCAUAAAAUCAAACCCAAGUCAUACUUUACAAUUUCUGGUGAAUUUGAACCCAAAGCCCUUGACAAGACUCCAGAAAUCAGAUUAGGUCUCUCUCUCGUGCUCUGAAAGGUUUGUCCAUUUUUUAGUUGGGUUAUCCAGGAUUCUGAUCCAUCAUUAAUUGGUGCUCUGCAAGAACGGCGAUGAAGAUUCGCUGCUUUUACCAUAUCGAGACCAUAUACAGCUACUAAUGCUGGCGGCAUAAGCGGACCUUUUCAUUGUCUUGCUUUUAGAAUAUCAACUGCUCACAAGAAACUAUAAACAGAAGAUCUUAAUAAGUAUGAUUCAAGGAAGAAAAUUCAUUUCAUUUCAUACACCAAUCAAACCUAUUUCCUUUCAGAAUCGACACCAUCCCAUUCUCAACAAGACAACGUUUAUUCAUCACUUUGGAGAAGAAAAUCAUCUGGCUUUUUUUUUUUUUUUUGACUUGGUACUUCAGAAAAUCAACUAUAGUGGUUUUUCUGCUUGUUCUAUCUUAAGUAGAAAUUGUGCCAACUGUAAUAUCAUCUAGAUGAAAAACCAAAG